AUGACAUUUGGUUGGAUAGUUAGAUGGUGUAAGCAAGUGUCUGGUUACCAAGACAGAUUGCUUGGUGGUAAAUCUAUGAUUUUAUGUGGUGAUCCAGGCCAAUUACCUCCAGUAGCAGACAAGCCGCUUUAUCAUGCGGUACCAACGAAUAGUAUUGGUGAACAGGGAUAUGUUACAUAUCAGAUGUUUGAUAAUGUAGUUAAACUCGAUGUUAAUCAGCGUGUACAGGGAAAUGACCCAGAGCAAACACAAUUUAGAGAGUUAUUGCUGAGGCUAAGAAAAGGUGAAUCAACAGUAGAUGACUGGAAACUGCUUUUGACUCGACAACCUUUAAAAAUUUCCAAUUUAUCCGAAUUUAAUGAUGCAACAAGAUUGUUUUAUAGCAAUGAGGAAGUUGCUAAUUUUAAUUAUGAAAACCUUGUCAAACUUCAAAAACCAAUUGCUCAAAUAAACGCUCGACAUUCUUCUGCCACCGCUCGAAAAAUUCCUGCAGAUGAGUUUUCUGGCCUUCAGCCUGUGCUGUAUUUAGCUAAGGGUGCAAAGAUUAUGCUGACAAUGAAUUUAUGGCCGACUGUUGGUCUUUGCAAUGGUGCGACAGGCACUGUUGAAUAUUUUAUAUAUGAAAAUAACCACCAUCCUCCUGAUCUGCCAAUAGCAGUUGUUGUUAAAUUUGAUAAUUACAGAGGUCCAUCUCUUUGUCAGACACUCUCGAACUAUGUACCAAUAUGCCCCAUCAAUGUUACUACCCAGUCAUUAGAUGGAUUCCAUGAAAGGCAACAACUCCCUUUACGAUUAGCUUGGGCCAUUACAAUACAUAAAAGUCAAGGUCUUACUUUAUCUAAAGCUUGGAUUAAUAUUGGAAAGAAAGAAAGUUGUCCCGGAAUGACAUAUGUGGCUUUAAUACAGACGAAAAGAGGAGGAUAG